AUGACGCAGCUUUUCGCAAGUCCGUCGGCAGUGACGAACGAGAAGCGCGGGAAUUUCCCCGCUCUCUCCCUUCCUUCGCGGAAACACUCCAACGAAUCUGGCCACCUCCCGACGAGAAUCAAGAACUUUUUCCGGAUCAAUAGUUCAAGCAGCCAGUCUCCCUCCAACGCCACUGGCUCCAACAGCAAUGAACGGGAACGCGAACGAGACAGCCAUGGCUCGACUAAGAACGAGAAGUCCACUUUCCGGCAAUCGCGAUUUAUGCCAACCAUUGGCCGCAAUCGCUCAACCACUGUUGCAAGCGAGGGCAACCCCCUCGACGAUAGCAUGUCUCCUACUGCAUCCGCCAACCCCUACUUUGCCCACCAGGGCCAACCCGCAUUGCGACAUCGCAAUGACGGUUCAGUCCCCUCCUCUCCCCCCGACACCCCAGAGUUACAGGUGACUGGGGUCUCUGCGGUGGAGCAGGCCACCACCGCGAACAAGGAGGAGUUGGCGCGCAAGCUUCGACGUGUGGCUUCAGCCCCGAAUGCCCAGGGAUUGUUCACAAGUGGGCAGGGCGAGCGACCGCAGACCGCAGAGAUGGGUAAAGAGCCCUUGGUGGAACAAUCCGGGGCAGUGGGUCUAGCGGAAGCUGGCAGCGAUAAGGAUGUCGCUUUGGCGGUGCCGUCCCUCAGCUCUGAUUUGGGCAACAAUGCUUCUUUCCGCCGCACUUACAGUUCAAACUCCAUCAAAGUUCGGAAUGUAGAAGUUGGUCCUGCAAGCUUUGACAAGAUCAAGCUUAUCGGCAAGGGCGAUGUAGGCAAGGUCUACCUCGUUCGAGAGAAAAAGUCGAGUCGUCUCUAUGCGAUGAAGGUUCUGAGCAAAAAGGAGAUGAUCAAGCGCAACAAGAUCAAGCGUGCCUUGGCUGAACAAGAAAUUUUGGCAACUAGUAACCACCCGUUCAUCGUUACGCUCUAUCACUCCUUCCAGUCCGAAGACUAUCUCUACCUUUGCAUGGAAUAUUGCAGCGGAGGCGAAUUCUUUAGAACAUUGCAAACUCGCCCUGGAAAGAGCAUCUCUGAAGAUGCAGCACGUUUCUAUGCCGCCGAGGUCACUGCUGCCUUGGAGUAUCUCCAUCUCAUGGGCUUCAUUUACCGUGACUUGAAACCAGAGAACAUUCUUCUGCACCAGUCUGGACACAUCAUGCUUUCUGAUUUCGAUCUAUCCAAGCAGUCCGGACCUGGUGGUGCUCCAACAAUGAUCCCCGCACGCAGCGGUGGUGGCAACUCAACCACAGCCUUGCCCACCAUCGACACAAAGUCAUGUAUUGCCGAUUUCCGCACGAACUCCUUCGUUGGAACAGAAGAAUACAUUGCACCAGAAGUGAUCAAGGGCUGCGGCCACACCAGUGCUGUAGAUUGGUGGACACUCGGAAUUUUGAUCUACGAGAUGCUCUUUGGUACCACUCCGUUCAAGGGAAAGAACCGUAACGCAACAUUCGCGAGCAUCUUGCGCGAUGAAGUGAACUUCCCGGAACACUCCAAUGCGACGCCGACAUCAAAUCUUUGCAAGUCUUUGAUCCGCAAAUUAUUGAUCAAGGACGAAACCAAGCGUCUGGGCGCUCGCGCUGGAGCCUCCGACGUCAAGACCCACCCAUUCUUCCGAACCACCCAGUGGGCACUCAUCCGUCACAUGAAGCCGCCCAUGAUUCCCCAUCAGGGCCGUGUCGGAACCGACACGGUAAACUUCCGCAACGUGAAGGAGAGUGGCAGUGUCGAUAUUGGCGGCACCGAUUCCACUAAAAUGAAGGGUGUCCCCAUGGACUCCGGGCUCGCGACGCCUAAUGGCGAGCUCAACGAUCCCUUUGAGGAGUUCAACAGUGUGACCCUCCACCACGAAGGCGACCAGUAA